GACUGAACGUGCCCAUUUGCACAUUAUAGUCUAAAUCAGUAGUUAGGCAUGUAAUGGAGAAGUUGUAAAAGGCGAAUAGCUCAUUCGUUUUGUGAAACGCAUUUAAACACGGUUUCCAACCUUUAACAAUGAAAUAUCUUAUUUACGACAGAUCGGACAAAAUGCAUUACAAGAGAUGAAUUUUAAGACAACUUGUCUGGAAAGUUAAUGGCUUAAGUAUGAAUUUUAUUUGCGUGAGUUUAAGAAGUAUAGUUUAAAUUGCAGUAUGAAAUGAGUAAUUUUUAAUCGAAAUCAACGAAACGAAAAUGACUGAACGCAAUAUUUACCAUAUAGAAGGACAUCCCAUACUUAAUCGGAAUGACAUUAAAUAACUCUACUGGGAACAAGAAUUUUGAUUGAACAGUUGUAACAAUGCUGCUUAUGGAUAGGCAUUUCGAUUACACUUUCAUAGGAAUAUAACUCAAUUUAUAACAUUUAAAGAAGUCGCUGAUUGAUCUUAUUGUAUCGCUUAGAUGGUCAUUAAUUUGACGUCGCUUUAGAAAUUACCCCUAAAAGAGAACAUGCAUGUCAUUGCUUCAUUUAAGACGAUAAAAGUCUCGUGAUUUACAAAUUUUAAAACGUGCAUCUCUCGACAUAUGUCUACAUAUCGAGAGAACGCAACAACAAAAAGCGACUAAAGAACUAUGUUUACAUAUAAAUGUGAUUAGCUCAUUGGAUACUUAUAAAUCUUGUGUUUCACGAAAAUAUUCUAUGGAUGAGGUUUGCCAAUUAGAGGUAACGUCCAAUCAUCGAUGAUCAUAUUUUAUUCCACCACUCUGUGUUGCAAUCAAUAUCAAAUAGACAUCUUUUAUAAGAACAUUGAUGAAAAUCAAGGUAUCGGAAAUAAUUACAAUCGAACAAGGUUUCUUUUUCGCGAGCAAUAUAAAUACGUGGAAAAUAAUUCCUAACUAUCAGAUAAGAGAAGACGUAUAGAUGGUUAGUAACUUAUCUUAAUCUGUUUUCACACGGAGAAUUACUAUAAUGGAUCAUACUUUUCUUCAGCAAACAAAAAAGUGCCUUUAAAAAGAACUCGAAAGUAUUUUUCGAGGAUUAAAGGAAGAUAUUUCCAUUUACUCUAGGAAAUACUACAUAAAAUUUCGGAAAGAUUAUAAAACAUAAAAAACAGAAGUUUCCUUCGCUGAAAUGUUGUUUGAUCAUGAAAUAUAACGCGGAGGCUAACCAGACAGCACAGCUACUAGACAUGAUCAACAAAACUAUGAAUUUAAGUUCUAACUUUUCUACGGAAAUGGGACUCCAUGUCCUUCCAAACGUAAAAGGUUAUUUAGUUAUUGUAAAUGGAUACGUUGUACCAAUUUUAGCAAUCGUCGUUUUGAUUGCAAAUGUGAUAGUUAUACUAGUGUUGAGAAGACAGCAGACCUAUGGAGCGAGUCAAGCAGGUUUGGUAAGUGUUGCCAUUUCUGACACGUUAACAUUACUAUUGCCUGCACCAUUUUAUUUCUACCAGUAUGCCUUACAUCAUUACUACGUUGAUUAUGUAUUAUGUGAACCGGUAGACUGGAUUUCUAUCUACCUACCAACAAUUACUCAUACUGCUUCAAUAUGGCUGACGGUACUCCUCACUGCACAGAGAUACUUGUAUGUCUGCCAUCCGUUUGUAGCUCGUGAAUUGUGUACGCUUCGGAAUACAACGAUAUCCAUCACUCUAACCUAUGUCAUUGCGUGUUUAACACAUCUCGUGCGAGCCUUUGUGAUUGAUUACUAUCAGUUUGACUAUUUCGACCCCACACGAAACACAAGUGCAACGACAUGCGACCGUGGUUACAAGGAAUGGCUAGACCCGGACACUUACAUGGGAGUCUAUAUGAUGAUACGUAUUGUUUUGAUUCAAUUUGUGCCUUGCAUUGUGCUGAUUGUUCUGAAUGUCAGAAUCGUUCAUGGCUUACAGGAUGUGGUUAAUAAAAAGAUGCGUCUUCACAAUAAGUCGGAAAGUAGUAUAUCUGCCGUCAAAGAGAAUACAAGAGUUACUAUAAUGAUAGUGUUUAUGGCUGCUGUUACUCUGCUCGUAGAGCUUCCAAGUGGUAUCAUAUUGAGCUUUUACGUGUCGCCUUACAUUACUAAUGUACAAGUAUUCGAUGUGAAUACUUUAAAUAGCAUGCAAAUAAUUGCUAACCUGGUGAUCAUUUUUUCAUAUCCAAUGAACUUUUUUAUUUACUGUAGUAUGAGUGCAGAAUUUAAACAAACGUUAUAUGAACUCUGUUUCGGGUGUUGUAAUUCAAGGAAGAAGAAUGGGAACUUCAGAAAUAACUCAACUCAUCAUUACGAACUUACGGCAAAUAAUAUUUGAGUUCUGUUUAAAUAUACAGUUUUACUUAAAAUGCUUUCAUAGAAAAUGGUUGCGUUUUAUACAGUCAUAGAGUUUAUGUUCAUUAAAGCAAGAAUAUAAGCAAACAUAUAUUUAAAGUUAUAGUGUAAAUGUGAUAUUAUUGUUGAUAAGAAACUGGACAUCGUUGAUACUAGACCAGGUAUACUUAUAUACAAUUUUCAAAAUAUGUAUUAUCAAUAGUAAAAAUAAUUAAUUAUUA